CGGACUUCGUUAGUGUUCCUAAUUCGAAGAGUGUGACGUGUUGUGUGACAGAUGUGGUUUUUUUUUUAAGUGACGCAAAGGCGAGUGUACUUUUUAAUGCCAAGUGAGAAAGUUAAGGAAACUUCUACGUGAAUAUUUCUGAGUGCUCUGUGAAUAGAAAGUUUUGAUUUUUAUUUAUUUAUAUUUUUUUUUUCUUUUGACGAGUUUGUGAAUAUUCAAGGCAUUUCGGUGUCGGAUAAUGUGUUGAGUGAGUCAGAGAAGGCUGUCCAGAUGAACUCUAUGGCUCCUAACUCCAGGGGCUGACAAGAUGACGUCGGCUGGUCUUUUGGUCUUCUGCUCAGUGCUCACCCGGACGCUAUGCGUUAUUGCUCCACAGAUUCCAGAUUUCAAAACCGGUGACAAGAAAAUCAUCAACGGUCCUUUCUGGCACGAGGUCUUCACAGAGACUUAUGAAGACCACGAAGAAGACCCCUCAACUACUACUUCGGAACCCUUACCUUUCUUCGAAGACGAUGUUUCUACUAAUAACGUGACAGCACAGCUUGGCAGUCGCGUUCACUUACACUGUCGAGUUCAUGAUCUGGGGGAAAAGACCAUAUCCUGGGUCCGUCGUCGUGGUGAUGAGCUUCACUUGCUUUCCUUUGGCCGCCACACCUACUCAGCAGACUCUCGCUACUCCUUAGCCUUCGAACAUCCCAACGACUGGCGCCUCCUGAUCCAGUACGUCAGUGAAAGGGAUGAAGGUUUCUACGAGUGCCAGAUCUCUACCCACCCUCCUUUAGUUAGAAGGGUACAUCUUAGUGUUGUUGUACCAAAGGUAGAGAUAGUGGACGAACGCGGUCGGCCUCUGCAAGACAAGUUUUACAAAGAGGGCUCUAUCAUAGAGCUUCGCUGUGUGGUCAGCGAAGUGCCUCAGCCGACGCGUCAGGUCAACUGGAAGCAUGGCUCAAGGUUGCUCAACUAUGAUACUAAAAGGGGAGGCGUGAGUGUAAAGACGGAGGCGACAUCCAACGGCGCCCUAUCACGUCUGUACAUAGCGAAUGCCAACAGAAAUGACUCAGGGAACUACACAUGCUCACUGGCAGACGUCGCCGCGUCCGCUGUAUCAGUGCAUGUGUUGAGAGGCGAAAACCCGCUAGCGAUGCAACGGGGAGGCGCAUCAUGCAGUUCCGAUUCAUUGCUGGCUGUAACCGUCGCUUUCAUCAGCUGACACAUAGCCAGCGCGCUUUGGACGCGCAACAAUGCGUAAUAAUCGUAAUAUUAGUCGCAAUUACUAUGUUCGUAAACGCUAGAGUAAUCUUUCUCAGUCGGUAUUUGGUUGUAUCGUACUUUAAUGACUUCUCAGAAAAAUGAACUUUGAUAUCUAUGUAAUUGGUUUUGAUUUAGCUUGUAGCUGUUCUUGGAAUUUUAAUAGGGGGUUCAUUAUUCUGAAAUGUAUUUUAUUUU